AUGGAUGCUUUUCGGCUUAUUGAAUUGGCCGUAAUUCUUCUGAUUGUUCAAAUAUGGCCGCUAGAAGCAGGAGAGCUUAACAUGCUUGAGUGGGGAUGGGCAAAAUGGUUGACAGUGAGCACUAUAGUGAUCGGCAGCAUCACCUAUAUGGGUUACUUGGUGACACCGGAUUGGCGAGAAAUUGUUGACAGCAAGCACUACUAUUCAAAUUGGAAGGGACUCCUUUUCGAUAAUACUAUCAAAUCGAUACCGUCGUUACGAAAGCCCAUAUCAGAUAUCGAUCUUGAGUUGAUAUUCGUGAACUUAAUGCUUUCUUUUACAAGUUUUUACAAGUUUGCACUAUGA